AUGAAUUAAUAAAACAUUAUCGAAUUCUUUCCACACUUACAAGAACACUUUUAAUCCAUCCUUUUCAAUUUAUACAGAAAUGAAACUUUACAAAAGUAUCAUAGCAUCGUUCAACAAAUAAAAACUAAGUUUCCAUUACCAGAAUUAAUGCCUUAAUUUAUCUAUCCAAAUGCUGAAUAACUCUCGGAGUUCUUUCUUCAAAACUAUUAACCAAUCAUUUUGGAUUUAGCUUCUCUCUAUUAGAAACCGAAUGUGAAAAUAAAGUUAUUUAAGAAUGCAGUGUAUUUUGGAGAAAUAUAUCAAGAAAUGAGAUAAGGACAAGGUGUUCUUAUCAAAGAGAACAAUCAAAUUUAUGAAGGGUAAUUUGCAAAUGAUAAAAAAGAUGGAAUUGGCUUUGAAAUAUUAAAAGGAGAUACAUUUUAUCAUGGGCAUUAUGUUUAGGGAUUUCCUCAUGGAGAAGGUGUUUAUAAAUCAGUAUCUCAUUCAUAUAUUGGUUAAUGGCAACAUGGAAAGAAAGUAACUAUUAUCAAUUUAUAAUAAGAGUGGAAUUGGGUGGUGUGUUGGAAAUAAGAAUGAUUAUUUUUUAGGGAGUUGGGAGAAUGGAAAGUUUUAUGGAUUUGGUUUACACAUUCAUGAUUCAAUGUAAGAAAUAUAUCAAAUUCAAUAGUUAUUUUGGUGAAGUCAUCAAUGAUUUAAAAUAUGGUUAUGGAGAAGAAUACUUUCAGGAAGGUGACAUCUACAAGGGAUAGUAUAAGAAUGGAUUACCAAAUGGUAAGGGUAAAUACCUUUGGAAGAAUGGAAAUUCAUAUUCUGGAGAAUUUCAAAAUGGUUUGAGAUGGGGAGAAGGAUUUUGGGAGUAAAAAUCUGAAAAAGGCAUUUAAUUCUAUAAAGGCCAAUAUGUAAAUGACAAGAAAAAUGGUCACGGCCAUUUUCAUUAUUCUAAUGGUACCGAGUAUAUUGGUGAAUUUAAUGAUGAUCAAAGACAUGGAUUUGGAGAAAUCAUUUGGCCAGAAAAGGCUAAUUAUAAAGGGUAUUGGAAACAAGGUUUAAUGGAAGGAGAAGGGAUUUAUGCUUAUGAAAACAAUAAAUUACAAGGCAUUUGGAAAUAAAAUUAAUUAAUUUCUUAAGAGAAAGUUCGAGUCUCUCUAAAUCAAUUUCCUUUGUUAAAUUAAUUGAAAGACAUUGUAGAAGAUGAAGAAAUACAAUCCCAAAUUGCUGAGGAACCUGAUCAUGAAAAAAUUGGUGAUAUUUUCAAAAAGAUCACUCUUUAAAGCAAGACUAGUUUAUGCAUUUCUGACACCUCAAAAUUACCUUAACUUGCAUCAAUUUAAAAAUAAUAAGAUUUAAUUAUUUGUGGACAGCCCAGUUCUUACCCAACAUAAAGAACUAACUAAACUUCUUCGAUUGGUAUUUAGACUGAAAGUAAUUCAACAAAAAAAAAAUUACUUACUGAGUUGCCUUAUAUAUCUACAAAGAGAAAGCAUGCUUUAUCAAGCUAUAGAAUUGAUAGUAAAACUAAGAUUACUAAAAAGAAUUUGAGUGAAUCAGUUACAAAUACUAAUUCCCCUAAUACAAGAGAAAGCGAAUUUAAAAAUAAUAUUAAUCAUUAAUCAUAAGAAAAGAAAUCACGUAAAGUCAAAUAAAGGUUAUCUUUACUAACAAAAGUUGAAGAAAAAGUAUUAAAAAUAAGACUUGAGAAAUAAAAGUUGAGUCCCUAUAAGUUUGAAAAAUUAUGGAGUAAAAAAGUACAUCAAUCCCUUAUUAUAUUAGGUUGUUAAUUAAGCUAGAUCUUUGAUAUAUCCACCUGUAUGGGUUCCUCCUUCUUUACAUCCAUAAAUCUGUAGAAAGAUUUGA